CAGUGUCGCCCACUGUAUGUAUAGUGUGUUCAAUACAAUCACUUUUGUAUUAACUCUACAAUAAUUGUUGACAAUAUUAGACCACUUUUUAGCCGUCGGUUAUACCUAAUUGUAUGGACAAUAUGGCCAACAGUUGUUCAUCGGCGCAACCGACACGACUGGAUCAAUGUCUUCAAGCAAUCGGUUUUAUGGAAUCGGUUUUCAAUAAGAAGAACGGAACGCCUCGACAGUCGGCGAUAUGUCCGCAAAGCAAAGGAUGUAUUGAUUUAAAUAAAUGUCUUUUCAAUAAUCCGAUGCACUCUUUGAUCGGCAUUCAAGACUUCACUCACAUCUGGGUUCUCUACUAUUUCCAUAUGAACACAAACAAGAGGUGUCCAUCAAAAGUACGUCCGCCGAGACUUAACGGUCAGUCGUGCGGUGUAUUUGCCUCGCGAUCGCCGCACAGACCGAACCCAAUAGGCCUAUCACUCGUCAAACUCGAAGACGUUAGAGAUGGCAAACUAUAUGUUUCUGGAAUUGAUUUAUUGGACGGAACACCUAUUCUGGACAUUAAGCCGUAUAUCAAACAAUAUGAUUCACCCGACUGUCUACCGAUGCCGGCCAACAUCGACCGAUGCCUUACAAGUAGUGAAACUAGUAGUGACAGUAUUAGUGGUGAUUUAGAAUCUUUAGUUGUACUGAAUAAUGAUAAUGAAGUUACCACUCAAAGAGUUUCCAAUGAAUUGCAACAGUUUGACAAUAAUUCGUUACCAAAUGACUGGAUUGAUGGCAGUGUUGUCAGUGAAGUUAGCGUUGAAUUUACCGAAAAGAGUUUAAAACAAUUGCAAAAUUUUCACACCAGAGUUGAAAAAAAUCUGUGUGACUAUUGUCUUAAAUAUCUGAAACCUAUUGAGUUAAGAGAUGCCAUAACAAACCUCUUAAGAGCUGAUCCGCGAUCUGUUUAUCGGCGCAACAAAUGUGUCGAUCGGUUAUAUUAUUUUACUAUUGACAGCAUUCACAUCACUUCGUGGUUCGACAUCGAGACCAAUGUUGUCGAAGUGAUCAAAGUUAAGCCAUUUAUGACCAAACAGUUAUCAAAUGUUGACUGA